AUGGGAUCCUUUGCUGUACCACAGCUCAUAUUCGGAUGUGGCGGCCUCGGAAAUGAGUUCAUUGGAGCGGAUUCUGUCAAAGAGCUCCUGGGUGUCCUGAAAGAGCUGGGUAUCAGUCGCCUGGAUACGGCUGGCCUGUAUCCUCCAACCGACAUCGGAGCCUCGCAGCGUCUUAUCGGAGAGACGGGCGCGGCAGGGCUAGGAUUCACGAUUGAUACCAAGGUUCUGAUCAGCAUGAAAGGUUUCGCGGGUACCCUUGAGCCCGCAAAGAUUGAGAGUUCCAUCGAGACCAGCAUUAGUGACCUGAGAUUGGGCGACGGCCAGCGUAUUGGCACCUACUACGCUCAUGCCCCGGAUGUCACAACGCCCCUAAAAGACCAGGCAAAAGGUUUCGAUGCACAAUAUAGAAAAGGACGUUUCGACAAGCUCGGCCUUUGUAAUUAUCCACUCGAGAUGCUCGCCGAGUAUAUCGAAAUCUGCGAGCGCGAGGGUUACGUAAAGCCUAGUGUAUUCCAAGGCUGCUACAACAUCAUUGACCGCCGACAUGAAGGGGCGACAAUGGACCUGGUCCGCAAGCACAAUAUCACAUUUGUAGCACACAGCCCAAACGCAAGUGGCUUCCUGCAUGGGAAACUCACGUCAGGCCAAGUCGAAGGAACGCGCUUUGCGCCUGGGAAUAUCAUGUCGAUCGACGCCCGGCGGUACGAUACAGAAAAGCAUCACGAAGUUAUCCGUUUCCUAGAUAACACCCUAGAGCCAUACGGCAUCUCCAAGACGGAUGCAUCGCUGCGAUGGCUGGCUUUCCACUCUCAGCUCACCGCCGAUGAUUUCAUUAUCUUUGGCGCAAGCAAACUCCCCCAGGUGAAGCAAAAUGUAGCAGCGGUGGCUCAAGGGCCUCUACCCGAUGAUGUCGUUCAGGCAAUAGAUAGCGUCUGGAGAACUCUCAAAGCCUAG